UUUCAGGGGAGCUACAGCUCGGAGGUGGAUAAAGUUCGUCUCCACGUUGGAAGCGAUCGAAAGAAAGUAGUAUCCCAAAUCACGCACUGGAUUGUUGGUUUUUUUCCCCCCCUUCUCCCCCGGUUUGAAGACGAGGAUCCGCCAAGAAAGGAUAUUUGUACGGACAUUUUGUUGCUGGCGGCGGGGAAACGACGCCUUUUUUUUUUUUUUUUUUUUUUUUUGAACCGAUGAUCGAGAGCAAAGUUUCGUCGGGCCGUUCGAACUCGAGCAAAAAGGCGAGUCAUAUGUAAAGAGCCGCACUGGUUUGAAGGCUUUCCGAAAGCGACGCGAACUUCAUGUCCGGGAAAAUGGAGGCGACGUUUUACGACGACGCGGUUUCCGUGAACGCGUCCAACCCGCAGCACGACGCGGCGAGGCUGUACGGCUUGAGCACCAAAGCCCUCAAGCAGUCCCUCACCCUCAACCUGAACCUGAACGAGCCGCGCAACUUCAAGCCUCAUCUGGGCUCCAAGGCUCUGGACGUCCUCACGUCGCCCGACGUGGGCCUGCUCAAGCUGGCCUCCCCGGAGCUGGAGCGCUUGAUCAUCCAGUCGUGCACGGGCCUGACCACCCCCACCCCGACCCAGUUCGCCUGCCCCAAGAUCAUCAGCGACGAGCAGGAGGGCUUCGCCGAAGGCUUCGCCAAGGCUCUGGCCGAGCUUCACUACCACCAGAUGAGCGCCGGCGCCCCCCCCGACGCGCCGCAGACCGCCGGCUCCGGCGGCCACAACCCGUACAGCUGCACGGUGCGCCCCGAGCCUCCGGAAUACACCGACCUGGCCGGCUUCCACCGGGCCGCGCCCGCCGACGCCUGUUACCCGGCGCCCCCGCCGGCCGCGCGCGCCGAGCGCUCCAGGCUGCGCUCCCUGAAAGAGGAGCCGCAGACGGUGCCCGAGAUGCCCGGCGAGACGCCGCCGCUCUCCCCCAUCGACAUGGAGAACCAGGAGCGCAUCAAGGCCGAGAGGAAGCGCCUGCGGAACCGGGUGGCCGCGUCCAAGUGCCGGAAACGGAAGCUGGAGCGCAUCUCUCGCCUGGAGGAUCGCGUGAAGGGCCUGAAGAGCCAGCACGCCGAGCUGGUGUCGUCUGCCAACGUGCUGCGCGACGAGCUGGCGCUGCUCAAGCAGAAGGUCAUGGAGCACGUCAACAGCGGCUGCCAGCUCAUCCUGACGCAGCAGCUGCAGGCCUUCUAGAGUCCCCGUCGGCGGGGACGCGGGACCACAUCGUCGUCGUCGUCGUCGUCGGUCGGCUCAGGCACUUUCGACUCGAAACUUUGCGCACUCGGCAUUGCCGAUUUGGGAAUAGGAGCGAUGAUGACGCCGCGUGACGUCACGCAUUCCCUACUCUUUUUAUACUGACGUGGGAGCGCCCGCCCAUACGAUGUCAAGCAAACUGCAAUAAAUAACACAUGACACGCACUUGUACAGCAAAACACUAACAACGUCGAACCUUACACGCACUCAGGUGUGCCGCGUUUACUGACUUCACCUGCCUUACUUACUCGCUUAAUCCUCACGUUGAUGCAAUUUUUGGGAUACAGGUCAAGUGUAACUCAUGUUAGACAUGGAGUAAUAUUUCUACGCCGUUUUUGAGCACUUCACAAUUGUACAUAUGACAAAAUAAAAUGUUGAACUCGA